UUGCUCCGUAUGUGGACGUCGCAGUGAGGGAGGGAGAUCUAGGGGGGGAAGUAGGAGCCGCCAUUUUGUCCGCCCGCUUGUGAUACCCGCGCUUCCAGCAUCUGAGCGGAGAGAAGAGGAUGGGUGAUCACUUCCAUCGAGGCGGAUACCCACCUGGACCUCCCCGAGACUACCGGAGGGACGGAGAAGGCCGAUAUUAUGGGCACCAUGCGGCAGAUCAUUUCGGUCCCCCAGGCGGAGGUUUCCCACCACCUCACAGACAAGAUCCAAUCAAACAAGAGAGAGACCUAUUCUUUGACAGGCGAUCCAUGGAUCCAGUGCCUCCGUUGCACAUGGCGCUAAAAAGUGAAUUAAAAGCGGAAGAGCCUGAACCUGGUCACAGGGGUCCCAGUGCCGGUGCUCCUCCUCAGUCCUUUCCGAAUCGCAAACGAUCAUUUGAUGACCGAAGCCGAGGGUUCUUUGAGCAUCGAGAGGACAGAAGAGGGCGGUCCCCGCAGGGUCGUGGUGGCGUUGUCGAUGAUGAGGAUGAUGUGUUUGAUGAAGAGUUUGUUGUCCUCGAUAACUAUAACAGCGACCUCCACUUCAAGCUGAGCAAAGACCGAACUACAGGUUUCCCACUCACCAUGGAGGGAUUCGCUUAUCUCUGGUCUGGAGCUCGGGCAACCCACGGGGUGAAUAAGGGACGUGUGUGCUUUGAGAUAAAGAUUAAGGAAGAAAUAGCUGUGGGACACCUUCCUGCUAGCGAGCCAGAUCCACAUGUCGUCCGUGUUGGUUGGUCCUUGGAUUCCUGUAGUACACAGUUAGGAGAAGAAAUGUAUUCUUAUGGCUAUGGGGGUACUGCAAAGAAAUCCACCAACAGCAAGUUUGAGAAUUAUGGAGAGACCUUUGCAGAGAACGACGUCAUCGGCUGCUUUAUUGACUUUGAAGUUCGUGGCGACAUAGAAAUAUCUUUCUCCAAGAAUGGGCGGUAUUUGGGCACAGCCUUCCGUGUCAGCAGGGGCGCUGUGGGUAACCAGGCCCUUUUUCCUCACGUGCUAGUAAAGAACUGCUGUGUAGAAUUUAAUUUUGGCCAAAUAGCUGAGCCUUUCUGCAGCUGUCCACCAGGGUUUACAUUUAUACAGCACGUGCCCCACUUUGAAAAGAUACGAGGAACAGAACCCCCUAAGAACAAAGGGGAAUGUGAGAUUUUAAUGAUGGUGGGUCUACCAGGAGCUGGCAAGACGACCUGGGCAAUGAAGCACUCAGCAGCAAACCCAGGAAAGAAAUAUAACAUCCUUGGAACCAAUGCCAUCAUGGAGAAGAUGAGGGUUAUGGGCCUUCGGAGGCAGCGUAACUAUGCCGGUCGUUGGGACGUCCUCAUUCAGCAAGCAACAAAGUGUUUAAAUCAGCUCAUCCAGAUUGCUGCCCGUAGAAAACGCAACUACAUUCUCGAUCAGACGAACGUCUAUGGCACAGCCCAGCGCAGAAAGAUGAGACCAUUUGAAGGCUUUCAUCGCAAGGGUAUUAUCAUCUGUCCUACAGAUGAGGAUCUCAAGGACCGUAUUGUAAAGCGCACAGAUGAGGAAGGGAAGGAUGUUCCUGAUCAUGCUGUGCUAGAAAUGAAAGCAAAUUUUAGUCUGCCAGAACCAGGGGACUUUUUGGAAGAGGUCAUCUUCAUAGAGUUGCAGAAGGAGGAGGCAGAGAAGCUGAUCCGCGAAUAUAAUGAUGAAGGAAAGAAGGCCGGGCAACCUCCAGAUAAGAAAUCCCGUGGUCGUGGUGGAGGACCCCCUGGUGGUGGAGGGGUCGGCAGAGGAGAUGCACCACGUGGUGAAUUUCAGCGAUUUGAUCGGGGCCCUCCUGGUGGUGGUCGAGGAGGGUUUCAAGGUCGAGGAGGAAACUCUGGUGGUGGAUACAGUAGAGGCGGCGGCCCUGGAGGUGGUGGUUCUUUUAAUCGUGGAGGGAACUCACAAAGCCGCUGGUCUAGUAGCUCGCAGGAUAAUGGUUCAGAACACAGAGGCGGCUAUGGUCCUGAUAGUCAAACUCACAACUACAGUCCUGCAGGCAACAGAGGCAGUGGUUUUGGUGGUGGGGCAGCAUCAAAUCUCUCUCCUCACAGUGCAUCUAGCAGCUACGGUCAAGGACAGUCAAACUUAGGACAAGGUGGUUACAGUGGUUCUGGAGGAUAUAACCAGGGUGGAAAUUAUGGACAGAGCGGAGGAAGUGGUGGCGGCUACAGCCAGGGAGGAGGAAGUGGUGGCGGCUACAGCCAGGGAGGGGGAAGUGGUGGCGGCUACAGCCAGGGGGGAGGAGGAGGUAGUGGUGGCUACAGCCAGGGAGGAGGAAGUGGUGGUGGUGGCUAUAGUCAGGGAGGAGGAAGUGGUGGUGGCUAUAGUCAGGGAGGAGGAAGUGGCGGUGGCUAUAGUCAGGGAGGAGGAAGUGGCGGUGGCUAUAGUCAGGGAGGAGGGAGUGGCGGUGGCUAUAGUCAGGAUGGAGGGAGUGGCGGUGGCUAUAGCCAAGGUGGAGGAAGUGGCGGUGGCUAUAGCCAAGGUGGAGGAAGUGGCGGUGGUGGCUACAGCCAGAGUGGCCCAGGUGGCUAUACCCAAGGUGGCAGUGGAGCUGGUAGUUACAGCCAGGGUUCUGGAAGCAGCAGUGGAUACAGUCAAGGUGGUGCUGGAGGUGGAUACAGCGGUCAAAGCUACAAUAACAGUCAAAGCUACAGUCAAGGAUAUAGCCAACCUCCACCCCCGAGCUCAUCAUCUUCUCAGUCAUCUUAUAGCCAGGGUGGCUAUGGUCAACAAUAUCAGCAACAAUAUGGAAGUCAACCGUGGAACCAGUAUCAAGGCCAAGGACAGGCACCAAACCCAAGUCCUGGCCAACCACAAGGUGGUUCGGGUCAGUGGAGCCAGUGGAACUUGGGAGCAGGCGGCAGCGGAUUUGACAAGCCUGGUAGAUACGGAGGGGCCCCAUGAGGUUCUACGGAAAAAUGACAUUUGUUUUGGUUUCAUGCCAGGACUGAUCGAGAUCCUCAACCACAUUGGAUUUACCUUCCUAGUUUUCUGAUUUCUGAAACAAAUUUGCAGACACAUUUGCCAGGUCUAAAGAACACUGGUUUGCUAGCACCAAGUACGAUAUACAUGUAUAUUUUACUGUGUCUGAACAAAGUGACAUAAGUGAAUAUUAUUCCUUUUAGCUAGAUAUUGUCCAUUUAAGUCGUUUCUCUGGAAAAAAAGAUUUAAUUAGACCGACCCCCUCUCUCCAGCUUGUACUCUAUGCCAUGUAACCAUGCACCGCCCAUAUUCUUCUGACUGCUCCCUUUUAAGUUUUUAAUGUUUGUUUUAUUUUAUUUUUUUACCCUUUUUAUUUGAUUCUAUGGAUACCUCCGCCUGUCUGCAUGGAUCCCUUCGAGUUGCCUGUAUCAUAGGCUUUUUUUUCCCUUUUUUUUGUUUAAAAGGUCUGUUAUUUUAUUGUAGAACAUUAAUGUUUUAUGGAUUUAAUUGACAUUCUUUACAUAGUGGCUGAACCUGCCAUGUUCCUUUCUGUCCGUUUCAUUGCACAUUACUGUGUUAAGACAUUUGUAAUUUUUUAUUUUAUUUGGAUGGGAGUGAGUAUUGAAUUUUGAAAAAAAAACAAAAAACUGAGAAAUGUUGUUCUGUCAU